AUGCCAGUAACUUCAUGUUUUCAACUUACAUUAGCAAUCAUUAAGCCCCACGUCGUCAAAAACCCAAUUGCCACACAGAAAAUAAGAGAACUCAUAAUCGCUUCGAACUUCAAAAUAGUAAAAUUCAAAAGAAAAUUAAUUUCCCUACCGGAGGCGGAAAAAUUUUACGAUGAGCACAAAAGAAAGUUCUUUUACAACAGACUCAUAACGUUCAUGACCAGCGGACCGAGUGAUAUGAUGAUUUUAACAAAAGAAAACGCUGUAAAAGACUGGAGAGACCUUAUGGGGCCUACGAAAGUUUUUAAAGCCCAAUUCGAAGCGCCCGAUAGUAUUAGAGGAAAGUAUGGGUUAUCAGACACCAGGAAUGCGACACACGGAUCUGAUUCUGUUGAUUCUGCAAGAAGGGAAAUUGGUAUAUUGUUUCCUGAAUUCAAUAUUGAUGAGUGGUAUUUAAAGGAGGAACAGUUGUUUAGGUUAAAUAAGCUUAGUUUUUAUGAAGAUAAGUUUAUACAUGUUCCAAUUGAUAGGUAG